UCCAUGCCCAAAUGUUCUCUCAAAAUAAAGUAUACUCUUUUAGGGUAUCUAAUAUCGAAUUGCUCUAUUUGAUGUAGCAAAACGUUAAACAAAUCACAAACAGACAGUUCUUUUGGUUAUUGUAAUUCAUCCCAUGCAAGAACAGCCCAUCAAUCAUGGCCCAAUCUCUUAACCCACAAAGCUCGUUGCGGCUUUGCUCAUUCUCAUUCCUUGCCAUUUUAGAAUUUAGACUAUCCCUCAUAGAGUCAUAGUCUCAUCUGAAAUUUCAUAAACCCAGACCCCUGUAACCAAUUAUUUCAACCAAAGACUCAAAACUCUCCAAGUCUCCAUACUCCAAUCUGAAUGCACGGAACAGCCUGAAAUCUUACUUGGGGAGAGCGAAUUAGUGGAACCCGAACUGAGGAAGAGCUGCAGAUCGGAGCUGCGCAAGUGCGGCGAGCCGGCGACUGCAAUCCAAAUCUAGUGAAUGCAUAGGAUAUACUAGGGAAUAGCUUAAGAAGAGUUUGAGGGAUAAAACAACAAAGACAGAUGUGGGUGCAGCGUGCAAAACCGUUUAGGCAGAUAAAGGCCUUUAGUCAGUCUUUUAAGUCUCCAUGGAUUUUUUCGAUAUCGUCUUCCUACUCAGAUACUCCUCACAAGAAGUCGAAGCUUGCCCCUCUACAGGAAAGGAAAAUGAUAGAUAGGUUUAGGCUAUAUGCUAAAGGGGGAGGUGGUGGCAGUGGUUGCUCCAGCUCUCGCCGUAGUCGCCAUGAUCGCCAUGGCAUACCUGAUGGUGGGAAUGGUGGAAGAGGUGGUGAUGUGAUUCUGGAAUGUUCUCCAACAGUUUGGGACUUCAGUGGUUUGCAACCUCACCUUAUAGCACAGAGAGGGGGACAUGGAUCCUCGAAGAAUAAAAUUGGCACUCGAGGAGCAGAUAAGGUUGCGCAAGUGCCCAUUGGUACAGUGAUUCAUCUUAUGAAGGGUGAAAUUCCUUUUGUUGCUGAAAGCCAUGUUUCUAAAGAUUUGGACCCAUGGGAGCUUCCAGGUACUCCUAUUGAUGAUGUAACGGGCUCUGACCAGCAGUCUGCCCCUAGUGGUCCAAAUAUGGCAGUGGAUACUGGUAGCUCAUCAUCUCGACCUGAAAGAAUUGAUGAGGAAUCAACUCAAAUGAAGGAAACCACCCAAGUUGAAUCCACUGAGGUUCCUACUAAAUCUCCACCUUCUUCCUCUGAGAUUUGCACAGAAGAUGAGGCAGAGGAAGAAGAACAAAUUCAAUACAACGUUGCUGAGUUAACAGUAAGAGGUCAACGAUUAGUUAUUGCUCGUGGAGCGGAAGGUGGUCUAGGUAGCGUGUCUCUCAAAGUCCCAAAGAAGUUCAAAACUGAUUCGUUAGAUGCUCAGGUAUCUAAUGAUCAGUUGACUGUCAGUGCUGGUUUGCCUGGUUCUGAAGCUGUUCUCAUAUUAGAACUAAAGAGCAUUGCCGAUGUGAGCCUAGUGGGAAUGCCAAUUGCUGGUAAAAGUACUCUAUUAGGGGCUGUAUCUAGGGCUAAGCCUGCAGUGGGCCAUUACGCCUUCACCACUCUUAGACCCAAUUUGGGGAACCUAAACUUUGAUGACUUUUCACUCACAGUUGCUGAUGUUCCGGGACUCAUAAAGGGUGCCCACGAGAAUCGUGGACUUGGACAUGCAUUCCUCCGCCACAUAGAACGCACAAAGGUUAUAGCUUAUGUGGUGGACUUGGCUGCUGGAUUGGAUGGACGAAAAGGAACCCCACCUUGGGAACAGCUUAGGGAUUUGGUUUUAGAGCUCGAGUACCAUCAAGUAGGUUUAUCUGAUCGACCAUCACUCAUAGUGGCAAAUAAAAUAGAUGAGGAAGGGACUGAAGGCGUGCAUGAAGAACUGAAAAUAAGGGUACAGCAUGUUCCUAUAUUCCCUGUCUGUGCCAUUUUGGGGGAAGGAGUUCAAGAGCUAAAAAUUGGUCUUAGGAGACUUGUGAAUGGUGAAAUGACAGACAGACUCCAGGUCGAUAAAAUUAUGGUUGAUUAAAGGUUAAUCCAAAUGCUGCUGAGUCUUUGGCUGAUCCUGAAGAGUAUCCUAAUUUGUUUGAGGAUUGGCAAGUUGCUCUCUCGGUUGAAUCUAGUGUUUAUCCUCCUGCAGAGGAGUACGUGAAACAUGUUUGAUAAAACACACAUGACCCUUGUGGAGGCUUUCAGGAACUUGCAAGUGGAUGCAGAGAACUUGCAAAUGGAUGAAGAGCAGCCCCGUGAAAAUGGAGACUCAAUGCAUGAGGUCUCUUGCAAGAGGCUGACAAAGGGGUGAUGUAACAGAUCGGUUGUCUCUGUUUCCCAGUGGUGUGGCUUGUAACCAAAUUAUAGUUUGUCAUGGGGCACAACAGAAUUAGUUCCAUAGUUUUAGUUAGUUUGCUCUUUGCGUUGCAGAUUUAACAUAUUCUUUGAGGCCUUCUCGUCAUAAAAUUUAUGGUGCCAUUGUGAAUGUAGAGAGAAUUGAGCUAGUAACAAGGUCGACCUUUUACCAUUCAAAGUUUAGAAUUUUGGUUCCCCUUGGCGUUUUGUGUUUUGGGAAUUCUUUUAUGUGACUCAUUGUAAACGUGUACGUGUAUUCAUUACAGUAUAUACAUUUUUGAGUAUGAUACAGAAACCUUUGCACUUGGCUUGUUCA